UUUCCCAUUUAAACAAACACAGCGUUGAAGAUGGCGGAGAGUUAAUAGCGAAACGAAGAAGAUAUCGGUGCGCUCACAGAGAUACAUCGAUUUGACACCAGCGUAGAAGACCAGUAGACCGGUCCAGAAUAGGACCAUUAUCUCCAAGAGAGAACUCGUCUCGUCCACUCCAAGCUCCGUCACAAGGUGCUGAUAUGUGUACACGAUGAGCGGACUGGGGGACAACUCCAUGGAGCCUCUGAGCUCGGAAAACCGAAAACGCAAGCUCUCCACCUGCGACACGCCCAGUCUGGGGUGUGAGCGAAGGCGGCGGGAGCAGGAGAGUAAAUACAUUGAGGAGCUGGCCGAACUGAUCUCUGCCAAUCUCAGUGACAUCGACAGCUUCAACGUCAAGCCAGACAAGUGUGCUAUCCUCAAGGAGACUGUGCGCCAGAUCAGACAGAUCAAGGAGCAGGGCAAAGCGUCCUCCAACGAUGACGAUGUUCAGAAGUCAGACGUGUCCUCCACGGGACAGGGGGUCAUCGACAAGGACCACCUGGGGCCGCUCCUGCUGCAGGCCCUGGAUGGCUUCCUGUUUGUGGUGAACCGGGAGGGCAGCAUCGUGUUUGUGUCUGACAACGUGACCCAGUACCUGCAGUAUAAACAGGAGGAGCUCAUCAACACCUCCGCCUACAACAUCCUCCAUGAGGACGACAGGGAGGAGUUCCACAAGAACCUGCCCAAGACCAACGUGAAUGGGGUGUCCUGGGGGGGGGAGGCGCCCCGGCAGAAGAGCCACACCUUCAACUGCCGCAUGCUGGUCAAGUUUGGCAACACCCACGGGCCUGUAGAGGAGGGGCAUGGAGGACCGCACUACGAGACCAUGCAAUGCUUCGCCCUGACCCAGCCCAAGGCCAUGAUCGAAGACGGGGAAGACCUGCAGUCGUGUAUGAUCUGUGUGGCCCGUCGUGUGACUGCUGUGGAGAGAACCGAGAGCUUCAACACCCGACACGAGCUUACAGGUAAGCUGAUCCAGAUAGACCAGAACUCUCUGCGUGCGUCGAUGCGUCCUGGCUGGGAGGACCUGCUGAGGCGUUGUAUUCAGAUGUUCCUACAGCACAGCGACGGACAGCCCUGGUCCCACAAACGCCACUACCACGAGGCCUUCCUGCAGGGUCACGCCGAGACCCCCCUGUACCGCUUCUCCCUGUCAGACGGCACCCCUGUCACGGCCCAGACCAAGAGCAAGCUGUACCGCCACCCCAUGAGCAAUGAACCCCAGGGCUUCAUCUCCACUCACCUGCUACAGAGGGAGCAGAAUGGCUAUCGCUCUGCCCAGACUGGGGGCAUGAUGCCUGGGCCUAUGAGGCAGCAGGGCAUGGGGGGCCCCAACCCCAACGCCCAGAUGAACAUGCCCCCUGGCGCAGGGAUGGGGAUGGGGGGUAUGAACCGGGGCUAUGGGCCCAUGAAUGAACAGAGCCACAUGGGACAGAUGGGAGGGGUCUCAAUGUAUGGAGGAAAUGGAGGUGGGGGUGGGGGUGGCGGUGGAGGCAUGGGCAACAGAAUGAUGCAGAUGAAUCAGAUGAAUCAAAUAAACCAUAUGGGCCAGAUGAACCAAAUGAAUCAGAUGGGUCAUCAGAUGAACCACCCAGGUCCAGGGAACCACCCAGGCAUGCAGCAUCCCCAGCACCCACAGCAGCACCCCUUCCAGAGCAGUGGGGGGUACGGACUUGGGGGUAUGAGCAGCCCCUUGGGGAGCCCCCGGAUGAGUGGCCCCCAGCAGGGGUUUCUGAUGUCCCCCCGAAAUCGAGGCAGCCCCAAGAUGGGCGCCAGUCAGUUCUCUCCUGGAGGCAUGCACUCCCCCAUAGGCCCUCAUGGAGGAGGAGGUGCGGGAGGAGGUGGCUCCUCCUUUUCCAGCAGCUCCCUCAACGCCCUCCAGGCCAUCAGCGAGGGGGUCGGGAGCUCCCUCCCUUCGACCCUCGCCUCCCCCUCCCCGGCCCACAAACCAGACAGCUCCCCCAGCGUCCACUCCUCCUCUCAGUCCUCCCAGCCAAGCCAGCCGGCCAAACCAGGCCCGGACGGCUCCAAAAGCCCACCUGGUCCCGGCGAGCACCACCACCCCCUCCACCACCACCACCACCACCACCCACACACCCAGGCAGAGGGCUGCGGAGACAGGUUGGACAGCCAGGCCACGGCAGGCAGCAAGGAGCCUGGAGAGGGGGCCAGCGAGGCUGGGGUGGCCAGCUCAGAACCCACCCGGAGAGUCCCAGACAGUAAGGGCCAUAAGAAGCUGCUGCAGCUACUGACCUCCCCCACUGAGGAGCUGGGGUUAGGGGGAACUGGUCCGGCCUUGCCCUCUAUACCUCCCCCACCAGUCAGCAGCAACAUCCCAGCAGGGUCCGACACUAAGGACCCCACAGGAGGCAUGACCAGUCCUUCCUCUACCGGAGUCUCCUCCUCUUCCUCGGCCUCCACCAUUCAGGGCCCGGYGUCAGGCCCAGGUGGCGCUGCUCUGGCCAAUGCUCUGGCCUCGGCCCACUACACGGCAUCGCUGCAGGAGAAGCACAAGAUCCUCCACAAGCUGCUGCAGAACAGCAACACGCCCGACGAGGUGGCCAAGAUCACAGCCGAGGCAACUGGGAAGGUGACACUGGGGGACCAGGAGGUUCCAGGGGAGACGGGGGCUGCGGGAGGAGGAGCAGGAGGAGUGACUGAGCCCAAGCAGGAGCAGCACAGCCCCAAGAAGGAGAAGACCCACGCGCUCCUCCACUACCUCCUCAACAAGGACGACACUAAAGAGCCCGUGGACGUGAAGCCCAAGCCUGAGGAGCUGGAAGGAAAGGGCCCCCCAGGAGCCACUGCCGGUCCCCCAUCCAGAGGCCCUGGACCCACCCCUGAACAUCCAGAAAGCAAGAUCAAGUCAGAGCCACCUGAUGAGUUGGAGAACCUGGAGUCCAUCCUGGGAGGUCUGAGGGGUUCUGGCUCUGAGUUCUACCCCGAGCAGGGAGGAGGAGGAGGAGGAGGGGCUAAUGAAGGAGGGAACAAGGCCCAGGGUUGCCUCGAUGACAACCUGCAAGGGAGUCCGGGGAUGGCCCCUGGCCAACGAGGCCCCUUUCAGAGGGCCAUGUCAGUGGACGCCAAGCCCCCCGGUGGUCCUGGAGGGGCGGGGAGGCGCCCCAUGCUCAUCAAACAGGAGAAUAUGUUGAGCAGCCCAGACGGAUACCCAGGGAACAUGGGUGUGUGUCCGCGAGGCGUUGGAACAAGGCCGAUGAACAGGGGCAUGGGGGUUCCCCAGCGCUCUCCCAUGGGGGGGUCAGGGGAUUGGGGGAUGCCCCGCUCCAGCGCCAGCCCCGUGGGCUCAGCCGGUCACCCUUCUAUGAUCCGCCCUGGCAUGGACUACAACUCCAAAGGCAUGAUGGGAGGGCCCAUGGUGGCCAGGUCCAACAGUGUUCCUGGCACCAGAUCCAUGCUGCAGCAACAGCUGAUGGACUUGGGAUGUUCUGGUGAGAUGGGGAUGAGUCCGUUCAGUCAGCAGGGCCAGCCCAACCAGUCUCCCUCCUGGCCUGACAAUGUGAUAGGCAUGGAGGGCAACCACAACAGGCGUCAGUUUGGGAACGCCCUGGACGAGCUCCUUGCUCCGCCCACCACCAGCGAGGGCCAGAGUGACGAGCGGGCGCUGCUGGACCAGCUGGACUCUCUGCUCAACAACACGGACGGCAUAGCCCUGGAGGAGAUCGACCGGGCCCUGGGCAUCCCMGACUUGGUCAGCCAGGGCCAGGGUCCAGAGCAGCACGGUGAGCCCUUCCCCGGCCAGGACCCCUCCAUGGUGCUGGAGCAGAAGCCUCUGUACGGCCAGGGCUACCCCGGCCCCCCCUCCAUGGCCAUGCAGUCAGCCUACGGGGGGAGCCCCAUGCAGGGCCAGCUCCAGCAGGGGAGCUUUGGCCCCAUGCUCUCCCAGAUGGGCCAGGGGGGCAGCUUCGCGGGGAUGGGGGGUAUGGGUCACCCUCGCGCCAACAUGAUGAGACCCAGGAUGAUGAGCGCCACCAAACCUAUGAGGCUUCAGCUGCAACAGAGAUUACAGGGCCAACAGUUUAUGAGUCAGACUCGGCAGGGGAUGGCCAUGAAGAUGGAGAACCCUGGAGCGGGUAACCCCGGAAUGAGGCCGGGCAUGCAGCCUGGCAUGGGGGCACAGCCUGGCUUCCUGAAUGCCCAGAUGAUGGCCCAGCGUAGCAGGGAGAUGGUGACCAUGCAGAUGAGGAGACAGAGGAUGAUGAUGCUCAUGCAGCAGCAACAGCAGCAGGCGGCAGCGGCCGCCGCCGGGGGGUUCAGCCCCCCUCCCAACGUCACCGCCCCCGCCGGCAUGGACACCCCCAUGGGAGGCCCCAACAUGGGCCAGCCGGGCCCCCAGCAGUUUGGCUACGGGGGAAACUACGGUAUGACCCAGCAGGGUGACCCGUCGUUCGGCCCUGCGGGCGGCAGCCCCCCCAACACUAUGAUGUCAGGCCGCCUGGGUCCUCAGAAUCCCAUGAUGCAGCAGCAUCCCCAGGGCGGACCCAUGUACCAGAGUGCUGAGAUGAAGGGCUGGCCGCAGGGAGGCAUGGCCCGCAACAGUACGUACACCCAGCAGCAGUUUGCCCAACAGGGUAACCCAGGACAACAGCAGUUUGCCCAACAGGGUAACCCGGGGCAACAGCAGUUUGCCCAACAGGGUAACCCGGGGCAGCAGCAGUUUGCCCAACAGGGUAACCCGGGGCAAUACGGGGGCAUUAUGAUAAACGGGGGCAUGCCUGCCAACGGAGGAGGGGGCCAGAUGGGGGGCCAGAUGGGGAUAAACCCCAUGGUGAUGGGACGUAUGCCGAUGGGGCCUGAUCAGAAAUAUUGCUGAACCUGAGACCGAGGCGUGUGGUGGAACAGAAACGGACUCAAUGUGAUCCCUUUCAGAGAGAGGAGUGCAGUGCUCAGUGUGUGCCGGACCAAACGUGCGUGUACGUGUGAGUGGUAUUCUACUCCCACCAGUUGGGGGUGCUGUUCCUCUGAACUCAAGGACAGUCUCACAAAACAAGACCGAGGACACACUCUAUUCUACAUGCACUUACAUGAGACACGCCAUGACCCACCAACACACACACACACACACACACUCAAAAACAGUCAUGUAUG